CACGGUCUUGCCUUCAAGGACGACCCCGUAGCCCGACGAGAUGGAGCCUGCUACGAAUGGAACCACCCAAACCAAGGUGGAUGAGGAACAGGCACGCCGCGCAAAGCGUGCCGCUCUUAAGGAACUCAACGUCCAUCAUGCAGGGCUAGAGCCAGCCAAGGCGUUGGAUUCCUCGCUCAAGAGGCAUACCGCUCUGAUCAAGCGUAUGCGGCAGUCCGUCGGUCUCGAGAACCGCGAGCACAUUCUCAAGGACAUCGAGUCAUUGUCUCUGGAGAAGUACGUGGAUGAGAUAGUUGGAGCAGUUGCAGAGGGCAUUUUGAGGUGCAAGACGGAGAAGGACGUCUGGAGUGCGGUCGAGAUCAUAUCUGCAUUACACCGCCGUUUCCCCAAGACUUUCACUCCCGGAAUCAUCUCUUCCGUGACCACCGCGAUUGCACCGCCGUCUCGCGCGCUCCUCGCCACACUGACUCCGGAACAACGCGAGAAGGAAGACUCGGCUCGUGUCGCACGUCAACGUCCCGUCCUACGCGUUUGUGCUGAACUUGCACUGGUAGGUAUCAUCAGGGAUGGGCCCGAGAGAAGCGGUGGAGAAUGGAUCAUGAAGGCGGUCCGAGAUCUACUAUCCAACGACCCUUCGCUCUCUUCUUUGCCGUUACUACUUGCUUUCCUCAAGUCAUACUCUCGACCCUACCUUGGUAUCGUGCCUCCACAGGCGUCGAAGCAAAUCUCUGCCUCCUCUGAACCGGGGACACUCUCCGAAGCUGCCAGUGAAGAAGCCCAGACGAAUGGCUCGUCCCCUACGCUCAUCAAUGAAAGCGAGGAGUUGGUGGAGAAAGAGAUCCGGGAUAGAUUCAAGAAGAUGUGCGAGGGAUACUUCGACAACGUUGCGAAAAAGCUUGUCAUCGAACACAACCGCUUGCAAGAUCAAGAUAGAAAAAACCACGAAGCAUAUAUCCGCUCGGGGGAGAUCUUCGAGGAUCGCCAGCAGGCGUACGAGAAGAUGACGAAGAGCUAUGAGAAGCUCAUUGGGAGCUGCCAGAGCCUCUCGGAGCAAUUGUACCUCCCUAUGCCGACGCUUAAGAGCGCAUCGCAGAAGUCCGAGUCUAUCCAGAUUGGCAUGAACACUGGAUCCAGCCUCCUUGGUGGAGACUCUGAGGAGCUGAGCAGUGGAGGAGGCAAGUGGGAAGAUGAAGAGGAGCGUCGCUUCUUCGAGGAAAUUCCGGACCUCAAAGAUUACGUUCCAUGGAGCGUGCUUGGGCUUGAGGGAGAUGGUGACGGUGACAACGAAGAUGGCAGGGAGAAGGAGAGGAAGGAGAAAGAGCGUGUCCAGGAGGAGGUACGGAGGCUUGAGGAGGAGCUUGCAGAGAUGAAGGUGGGCGAGGACGGGACUGCCCUGCCCAAUGGGAAGGCGGAGAAGGAGGUAGAAGAGGAGGAUGCAGACGAUGUGCCUACUCCGACGCCUGGCACCCCCAAGGAGUCCCCGAGCACGACCCCACAGUUGGCGCCUCAGGGACCGUCCCAGCUUCUUACGGCACUUCUCGCUAGGCUUCCAGAUGCAACGAACCGGUCGCUCAUCGAUCAGGCUGCUGUGGACUUCGCGUUCCUGAACUCAAAGGCAGCGAGGAAGAGGCUCAUCAGAUUCAUGAGCCAAAUACCGAGGAACCGUACAGAUCUCUUGCCCCAUUACUCUCGGCUUAUCGCUAUCCUCAAUCGCUAUAUGCCGGACAUUGGCACCGAAAUUGUUGCCUCGCUGGAUGAAGAGUUUCGAUAUCUCCAGCGGAAGAAGAAUGUCGUGAAAGAGCUCGUGGAAGUCCGCAUGCGCAACAUCACCUUCCUAUCAAAUCUCACGAAGUUCCGUGUCGUGCCACCCCACGUCAUCUUGCACAUGUUCAAGGUGUGCCUGGACGACUUCUCUGGGACGAAUGUCGAGAACCUCGCGAUGUUGCUGGAGGGUUGCGGGCGUUUCCUGCUGAGGAGCGAGGACACUAGAGAGCCGUUCAGCAAGAUGAUCGAGCUCAUGCGGAGGAAGCAGAGCAUGCAGCACUUCGAUCAGCGCCAACUCCUUUUGCUCGAGAACGCCUACUACCAGUGCAACCCCCCAGAGCGCGCCGCUCGUCAAGUGAAGGAGCGCACUCCAAUGGAGCUCUUCAUCCGUCACCUCAUCUAUGACGUCCUGGCGAAGAAGACGAUCGACAAAGUCUUGAAGCUGCUCCGCAAGCUCGACUGGGCCGACGCGGUGGUCCAACGCACGCUGCACAAGGUGUUCACAAAGCCGUGGAAGAUCAAGUAUAGCCAUAUCUCCCUGCUUGCGAUGCUCACGUAUGACUUGCAACGGUACCACCCUGCAUUUUCGAUUGGGGUCGUCGACCAGGUCCUAGAAGAUAUCAGGAGGGGUCUAGAGUCGAACUUGUACAACAUGAACCAGAGGCGUAUCGCGUCUGUCAAAUUCCUCGGAGAGUUGUACAUCUACCGGCUGAUCUCCAGCGGCAUCAUUUUCGACACGCUGUGGACAUUGGUCACGUUCGGUCAUCCUGACGGGCGCCCCCUGCCUGGGCAGCCCUCCCCUGUCGAUAUGCCGGACGACUUCUUCCGUAUCCGCCUCGUCUGUGUCCUCCUUGACACGUGCGGCAUGUGCUUUGACCGAGGGUCCCAGCAGAAGAAGCUCGACAACUUCCUGACGUUCUUCCAGCUCUAUGUUCACUGCAAGAACCCGUUGCCGAUGGACGUCGAGUUCAUGUUGAACGAUUCGCUCGAGGCUGUCCGGCCGAAGCUGGUGCAGUUCAGGAACUUUGAGGAGGCAUCCUCGGCUGUGGAUGAGAUGUUCAACGUCGCGCUCCAGAAUGCUGGCAUUGCAAGAGAUAUCGGAGACGCCGAUAACGACAGUGGCGAGGAGAGCGGAGGCGAAGACGACGACGAAGAUAAAGAACGACGCGGCGGGGAGGAAGAGGAGGAAGAUGAUCAAACGCAACCUGACUCUCAGAUCGACGAGCGUGCGCCAUCUCCGGAGGCAGUGCUCUUGAAAUCUUCAUCCACCUUGGAGCAUCUUGGUCCCACCGAGGAAGACGACGCCGAGUUCGCGAAGGAGCUUGCCAAGCUCGUCACGGACACGUCCGCGGAUUCCAGGAAGGUGGACAAGAAGACAGCAUUAGCGCUACUGGACACCGCCUUGCCGCCGCCAGUGGUGCGCAAGAAGCGUAACGAGGACAUUGACGAAGAUGAAGCUGGUGCCGAGAGCGCUCGGGAUCCUAGUGUUAUGAACUUCACGCUGUUCACAAAGCGUGGCAACAAGCAACAGACGCGCCAGAUCGCCAUCCCGGCAGAGUCUGCGCUUGCUGUCCAAACGCGGACUGCUCAAAUGCAAGACAAGGUCGAGCAGCAACAUCUCAAAAGGCUGGUGCUCAACUACGAGCAGCGUGAAGAGGCUGAGGAGCUCAAGGCUCUCGAGUCCCGCAGUCGUCAAGGACCAAUCAAGAUACGCCUUGCAGGCUAGCCCGUACUCCGCCGACACCUUUGCAGCUAGGACAUACAGAAGACCGACUCUUCUGGCUUGUGCUCGUCCAUCCGCCCAGCUUCGUGGGCAUCGCCCUUUCUAUCCUCUCCACAGCCUAGUGUGGGCCGCCGACGGUAGGAUAUCCGAUUGACUGCUGACUGAGAUCGCUCGUCCUCGCUCGGCGUGGUACAAUGUUGGGCAGGUUAGGAUACGUCCGUGCCUGCGCCAGACGUAUUCCUCGAGCCACUGACAAGUGUGGCUGCCACAGCGUCGCGCUGUGUACGUCCGCUUUCGCGUUGCUGCGUGUUUCGGCGCUCAUGCUUUUAGUCAUGGCACGCGUUUGGUCUGUAUGAAUCGUCCGGACCUGUUCUAGGACCCGUGUCCUCUGUACACUACGCCGAUGUAUCUCAGCUAUUCUCAUUCUUCCCACAUGCAAUCCAACCUUGUGAAUCUUGC